AUGUCUCAAGGAAGAAAAGCUGCUGAAAGGUUAAGUGGAAAGAUAGUUUUAAUUACUGGCGCCUCUUCAGGCAUUGGCGAAGCUACUGCGAUUGACUAUUUAGAGGCUACUAAUGGCGAUAUAAAGUUAAUUUUAACAGCUAGAAGAUUUGAGGUUUUAAAAACUUUGAAGGGUAAGAUCGCUAAAGACUAUCCAAAGGCAAGUGUUCACAUCGAGACAUUAGAUGUCACUCGAACAGAAACUAUUGAACCAUUUAUUGCCAAUUUACCAGAAGAAUUCAAAAGCAUCGAUAUCCUUAUUAACAAUGCUGGCAAGGCUCUUGGAUCUGAUGCCGUUGGCUCCAUUGAUACUGAGGAUAUCAGGGGUAUGAUGGACACUAAUGUCAUUGGACUAAUCGCUAUGACACAAGCUGUCCUUCCUAUUAUGAAGGCCAAAAAUUCAGGUGAUAUUGUCAACCUUGGUUCCAUUGCUGGGUUGGAUGCAUACCCUACUGGAUCAAUUUAUUGUGCCUCCAAGUUUGCAGUCAGAGGAUUCACUCACAGUUUAAGAAAAGAAUUAAUCAACACUAAGAUCAGGGUUUUUUUGAUAGCUCCUGGUUUAGUUGAAACUGAAUUUUCUGUAGUCAGAUAUAAAGGUGAUAAGAAUGCAGCCGAUUCUGUUUAUAAUAACCUAGAGCCAUUGAGUGCUGAAGAUAUCUCUGAUUUGAUUGUUUAUUCCACUUCAAGAAGACAAAAUACAGUAGUUGCAGAUACAUUGAUCUUUCCAACAUGCCAAGCUUCUGCUUCCCAUAUCUAUCGCGAGACUAUAUAA